AUGACAAAGGAACUAGCCACCCAUCUAGCACUUGUCGACAGAAGCCCCACUGAUGGGGAGAAACCAGCGAGAAGUCGGAUGAUAGAGCAACUGAAAAUCUCCCCGCUGCAUUCCUCAAAAGUGCGCGCUACGUUCGAGGUAAACAAUAAAAGUGAGAAUAACGAAAAUCAAUCUGAGGGAGAAGAAGUCUUUCCGCAGUACGGCUUACUGGGCCAGCGUCUCCAAACGUAUGGGUACGGAAGCGAAGAUAUUCCAGUCGGGGAACCGGUAGAUAAUUUGAUCUAUACCAAUAGCAAUGCCCCGUGGUCGACUUUUAUCUGUGGGAGCCAAGGUAGUGGGAAAAGCCAUACCUUGUCAUGCAUGCUGGAAAACGUUCUUCUAGCUCCAUCGCGAACGGGAAAAUUAGCGAGACCACUAACGGGCCUUGUGCUCCAUUAUGACCGGUUCUCCAGCAUUGAAACUGGUCAGCCGUGUGAAGCAGCAUAUCUUUGUUCGUCCGGAAUUCCAGUCCGCGUUCUUGUAUCUCCAAGCCAUUAUCAAGCCAUGAAGAAGCUGUACGAGAAUCUGGAAGGGCUACCGGAAGGCGCGCCAAAGCCAGUUGUGUCGAAAUUGAAAUUUGUGGAAAAACACCUAAGUAUCUCGAUGAUGAAGACUCUCAUGGCCGUGGACAGCGAGAGCCAAGAGCCAUUGUACAUGGAGAUUGUGACCAAAAUCCUCCGCGAAAUGGCACAAGAAGAUGGGAAUAGUAGCAUCGAUUUCAACAAGUUCAAGUCGAAAUUGGCUGAGCAAGCCCUCGCUCCCAAUCAGAAAUCCUCGCUAAAUCUAAGGAUGAGCCUACUUGAGUCCUUCCUCGAGAUCGAGCAAGCAGGGGGUUUCCGCCGAAGCGCAAAGGCAGCGCGAUCCGGCACCGCUCGCCAGCUCGAUGAAAAGUGGAAAUUCAACGAGGGUUCCCUGACCAUUGUGGACCUUAGUUGUCCAUUCGUAAGUGCCAACGAUGCUUGUGCCUUGUUCAAUAUAUGCCUCAGCGUCUUUCUGAAAGGUCGUGGGCUAGGGAACCGGAUGAUAGCACUGGAUGAGGCCCACAAGUUUCUUGUCAACACCAAUCGAGAAGCCAACGAAUUGACGGAAAGUCUUCUUACCAUAAUCCGUCAGCAACGGCACUUAGGGACCCGGCUAAUCAUUGCGACACAAGAACCUAAUCUCUCCCCAAAGCUGCUGGACCUCUGUGAUGUCACAAUUGGUCACCGAUUCACGUCACCUGAAUGGUUUAAAGCCCUCCAAGACCAUCUAGCCGGAGCGGUUGUCGGCAUUUCCUCAGAUGAACGGUCAAAAUUCAGCCCGAACAGUUUAUUUACUAAGAUAGUGUUGCUGGACACGGGAGAAGCUCUAGUGUUCAGCGCCAAUGGGGUGCUGGAUAUUCUGGAGCCUGAGGGAAACUGUAAGAGAAACUCCGAGUACAGGAUUAGAACAUGA